AUGAAAGAGGAUUCUCUGACCACCGUGUGUGUCACUGGAGCUGCCGGAUUCAUUGGCUCAUGGCUUGUUAUGAGACUUCUUGAACGUGGGUACAAUGUUCAUGCCACAGUUCGUGACCCCGAUGACAUAAAGAAAGUGAAACAUCUAUUGGAACUACCAAAAGCAGAAACAAACUUGACGUUAUGGAAGGCAGAUUUGACACAAGAAGGAAGCUUUGAUGAAGCCAUUGAAGGUUGCCAUGGAGUGUUUCAUGUGGCCACCCCUAUGGACUUUCAAUCCAAGGAUCCUGAGAAUGAGAUCAUAAAGCCAACAAUAGAAGGUGUUUUAAGCAUCAUAAGAUCAUGUGUGAAAGUCAAAACAGUCAAGAAACUGGUGUUUACAUCUUCUGCCGGGACUGUGAACGUGCACGGAAAUGAUCAACUUCCGGUCUAUGAUGAGUCUCAUUGGAGCGAUUUGGACUUCAUCUACUCCAAGAAAAUGACUGCUUGGAUGUAUUUCGUAUCGAAAACAUUGGCAGAAAAAGCAGCAUUUGAAGCAACAAAGGAAAACAAUAUCGAUUUCAUUAGUAUCAUACCGACCUUAGUCGUUGGUCCAUUCAUCACUCCCUCAUUCCCUCCAAGCCUUAUUACCGCACUUUCUUUAAUCAAUGGUGAGAAAUCACACUAUUCGAUCAUAAAACAAGGUCAAUAUGUGCAUUUGGAUGAUCUUUGUGAGUCCCAUAUAUAUCUAUAUGAGAACCCAAAAGCCGAAGGGAGAUACAUUUGUUCUUCCCAUGAAGCCACCAUUCAUCAGUUGGCAAGAAUGAUCAAUGAGAAAUGGCCCGAAUACCAUGUUCCAACUCAGUUUCCAGGGAUUGAUGAUGAGUUACCCGUAGUUUCUUUUUCAUCAAAGAAAUUAACAGAUAUGGGGUUCAAGUUUAAGUAUGAUUUGGAGGAGAUGUUCAAAGGAGCUAUUGAUAGUUGCAGAGAGAAAGGAUUGCUUCCAUAUUCCACAAUCAAGAAGAAAGUGAUAGAUGUAAUGAAGACCUUGUUCAUGGAGUUCUUCGUUCUAUCAAAGACUAAGUGA